CUUCCUCACAAAGCAGCAUCCAGUGCUCGCGGUCUGGAAAGAAGUCACAAACAGAGGGAUAAGCAUGGAGCUCAGUUUCCACCCUUGCGUUUUCUGGGAUAAUGACAGCAAAUUUCAGCAACACCACCUGGCGGAUGUCCUGACGAGCGUCCAUGUGACUCGAGACCUUCCGCUCGGCGCAGCUUUCGGUCCCUUCGUCCUGCAGAACACCUUCUAUGACACCAUCGCUUUUAUUGCCUUGAAAUCCUGCGACAAAAGAAGCGGAUCACACGUUUUUCGGGUGGAUACGGAAACAAUGAACAAUUCACCUCUGGCGUUAUCCUGGUUACGAUUUGUGCAAGCUGCUUGCAACAAGGAUGAGCAAAACAUGGAAGCGUAUCUUAAAAACGGACAGUUGUAUUUUCGGUCCCUGCGGAGCAUUCGAAGAAACGAAGAGCUACUGGUGUGGUAUGGCGAUGAACUCUCCCACUUGUUAGGAUUUACCGACCUAAAAACUACGAAUCCCAAUAACGGAUUCAAGUGCAUCAAUUGCAGCCAGACCUUCAAGAACGAGUAUCCCUAUCUUGCGCACUGUCGAUUCCUCUGUGCGCAAAUGAAAAACGAAUUUCCCCAUCAAAAAACUCUGGAAGUAAAGCAGCAGCUGCAGCACCGCGUAACCGACUUCCAUAAUAUUGCCAGAGACCUGGAACGCAAAAAAUCCAGCACCAAUGAGGACACCACCAACGUGGUGCAACUUCGAAAAAGGAAGUAUGAAGAAAGCGAGAGCUCUCGGGCGAAGAAAUCGGUCUUACUGGAAAAAAACAACAAUUCUAAUGCCAGUAACAUCACAAAUUUAACCACGGAUAUUUCUGCUGUUCCAGAGUUCGCUGUUUCUCUUAUGAAGCUCAGUGCAGAUCGAUGUCCAUUUAAAAAGGACCUGGCAGGAUACAAACACAGUGCUUUUACCGAGGUUAAGAGGGUGAAGGAGAAAAUUAAGAAUGAAAAGGCAACGGAUACAGUUAAUGAUAUGGCGCACAACAGAAGUGGACAGAGCCGCGUCGGGAUAGAUUCGAGUUUACAGUCAUCAGGAAGCGCUUUUUCAUUCGUUUUGCCGAAGGGUAUCCGAGAGGAGCAGAAGAGCGCUUUCUGUAAACCUGACAAAAGGGCAGUAAACGAGUCGGCAGCGCACCCGUCCCAUACACUAAGCGGUUCCUCAGCGCGGCCGGAGGACGUGUCAGAGACGAUUACCUCCAAGACUGUAUUGGGAUACAGCAGUCUGAUGGGUACCGCUUUGUUAAACGGAGAGCUCGCUGGUGCGCAGUCAGUAUCCAGCAGUCAUUUCGCAUGCACACCGGAGGCAUGGCCCCGGGCCGCUGGAGUGCAUCUACAGACCGCGUCCCUUACACUGCUGCCGCCGACGCUCACCUCCUUCGGUGUUUCCGUGCAGAACUGGUGCGCGAAAUGCAACCUGUCUUUCCGAAUGACUUCAGACUUGGUGUUUCACAUGCGGUCCCACCACAAGAAGGACUUCGCCCCAGAGUCGCAGAUGAGGCGAAGGGAAGAGAAGCUAUCUUGCCCCAUAUGUCAUGAGUACUUCCGAGAACGCCAUCACCUGUCUCGUCAUAUGACAUCUCACAGUUAGGGCGCUAACGAGAAACGAGUGCUGCACAUUUGCCCAAGAAUGUCUGUAAAUACGACAUUUUUGCAUCUUUAAUUCAAUAUUCCCACAUGCAUUCUUCAUAAGUCAGUCCCGGUCUACUGAAUACCGCUAUAUAUAUAUAUAUACCGGAAUAAAACAUUUAGUCCACAUGAUUUGUGCAUUUUUAUCUACGAUUAAAUAUGUCCUUGUAAGUCCUAACAAUGAAGUGUAACUUUUUACGCAACGGGAUAUUUAAAAUACCAUGUAAGGAAUUUCUUACUGGGCUAGUGCGUCCGUUAGAUGGCAGUAGAGGUACAUUUAGUUGGCCUUUGUCCGCAGUAUCUGUAUGUACUGGUGUGUUGUGUGGGUUUGCCGGUCAUGCUGGAGACUACAUGCCCCUCAGAACUCUUCCUAGUGCCUUAAAAAAAACUCAGGGUUAAGCGUUUGCCGUAUAGCGCAGAUUGGAAAAUCUUCAAUUUACUGUUCAUGCUGUAUCGCAGUUUUAAUGAAUGUUAUUCAAAGCACGUGAAUUUCUUACGGUGAAGAUUAUUUGUAAUCAUAUUUUCACGAGUAAUGAUUUUCAACUUGACCUCCACUGCCUCACUACAGUUUGGUAUCGGCGGAAAUGUAGAGCAGAACUGAACGAUUCACAUGCCCGACUCUCUUCCAGUCUUUUUAUCUUUUGUGUUCUCUUUUCAGAUAGUUGGGUCAACAGUAGUAACUCUAUCUAUACAAUUAAACAUAUUAAACCAGA